AUGGACGCUGUCUCUGCUACUUCCAUCGCCAUCUCCAAGAGAGCCUAUGGAGAAGAAGACAACAAAUGGCGAGCCUACUACGCCGAUGAGUACCCUCAUCAGCUGUGGUGGCUGGUGUCAUGCUUCAUCGCAUUCGUCGCCGUUCGCUCCAAAAAUGCACCGCUCACGACGGAGAGCAACAAGAUCCAGCUUAGUAGGUUGCCAUUAGCCUUGGUCAACUACUGGCGCGUCCUUUCAUUCCGUGUUCACAUUGGCGUUGGGUCAUAUACGUUGAACCUGGCCGAGGUUUUCCUCACCUGCGCUUAUAUCGUCGCGCUUUUCACUUGGGAGUUCAUUAACAGCACAACCGUUGCUGGUGCCAAGUUCAGUGCCACCUACCUUGCCGGCCGGGCCGGGAGUCUUGCUACAUCCCAAUUUCCACUGGUGACUGCGCUUGGAACGAAGAAUAAUAUUGUAUCAUUAAUCACGGGUGUCAGUUAUGACAAACUCAACUAUAUCCAUCGCAUGACGGCCAGGGUUUGCUUCAUAAUGCUUUGGAUUCACGGCGGGUACAAGUACGAACUCCUCUGGGUCCGAAUGGCGUUGGUGGCCAUCUCCGCUUUCUCUCUUUUGAUCUUGGUGUCUUUGCGGCCUGUUAGGGCAGGAGCAUAUGAGUUUUUCUUUUACGCCCAUUUCCUUAUGGUCUUGAUCUUUCUCAUCGGAGGGUACUACCAUAGCAAGAAUUUCGAAUUCGACUCCUACGUAUGGCCCUCCUUUAUUAUAUGGGGCCUUGAUCGCGUCAUACGAAUGCUCCGUGUUGUUGUUUUCAAUCAUUCCUACUUUGGGUUCAAGGCUGGACAUGGUACUUUCGAUGCUAGCGUGGAACGUCUAUCCGAGCACUUUGUUCGCUUGACUCUGAAGCGGCCCCCUCACUUCCACUGGCGUCCGGGCCAAACCGCCUACCUUAUCACGCCAGGAGUUUCUCGCUUGCCAUUCGAAGCCCAUCCUUUCACGAUUGCUAGCUAUGAUUCCAGUUACGACUCCACCGAGAAAUCUACCGAUGUUGAGAAGGGGUCUGAUUCCGAGCUAGUGUUCCUGGUGAACGUUAGGGAGGGCUUCACCCAUCGAUUGGCCACUAUCGGAACGGAUAAAGGGACCGUAAAGGUCUUUGUUGACGGACCGUAUGGUCCUUCGCCGGAUCUCAGCUCAUUCAAUACCUCUGUUUUCGUCGCCGGUGGUACUGGAGUCUCGUACACGCUUCCGUUGCUACUGGACACCAUAGAGCGUGUCCGCGAUGGAAAGAGCAUAUGCCACCAAAGCGCCCAUGUGUGCUGGAUAUCAAAUGCAAUUUCUAACGCGUUACUUCGGGUACCUCCAUCAAUGAAUGUGGACAUACGCAUCUACGUCACUGGCGGUUCUCCCGAGUCCUAUAUCUCGCAACUGCUACCCGAACAAGCAGAGGCGACCAGGGGCGGUCGUAUGUCUGUUACGGUGUGCGGUUCGAGGGCCGUUGCCCAAUCAUGCAGAUCGGCUCUUCAGUUCCCGCUACGAAAUGCAGCUACCGUUCUGAGAGGCGGUGCAAGUGUAACGCUGCAUGUGGAGUCCUUUGGUUAUGCUUAG